UUCAAUUCCACACGCGCCUAUCAGCAGCGCACACUUCCACACACAUAUACAUUUACUAGCAGACAGACAAUUAUUGAGCCAAACAAUGAGCGGUUCCGAGGAUAACGAAAUCGAUCGAGCAUUGAUCAUCUGCCAGUCGGUGGAGAGCAGCUUGGUAGCGUGUCUACGAACGGUGCAACGGCUGAAUGAGAAAUAUAAUGCGCCCGAUCGUUACAAAAUCGAUAUGAAACCGUUUGAUACAGAUCUCUCCUUUGCAGCCACGGAUAAUGCGUCGCUAUUCUCCGAGUCCACAAGCAUUUCCCUCUCGAGCAUUUCCAAUCUAACUGUGGACACCAGUUCGCUUGCCACAAGCACCAGCGCGAGCAUUGACGAGAUCUGCCCCAAAGUUGUGGGCCGCACCACCCGCGAGUUGGACGACUCGUAUGUCUACUUGAAAUGGAAAUGCAUUAAGGUGCGGCGGGACAUGGAGGCUGCUUUGGCGCAUGCGCAACGUCUGGCGGCACGCUCCAGUCGACAGAAGCGUCUGAAGCACACCAUGUUGCACAAUGCUUGGUGCACGUUCAAAAUAACGUGCGUGCAUUGAAGAGUGUGGUCCCAGCACUCGCUCUCUUUGCCACUUUUCCGCAUUUUAUUAAAAAUUACUGUCACCAUUAAGUGUUCAACUUUUUGCAACUUUCAAAACUCAUUUGGCUGACAUCAGAGUGACGCAAAGUUUUCACGGCAUAGACAUGGACAUGGACAAGCAGAUGGACAAGGAGAUGGAAGUGGACGUGGACGAGGACGUGGAUGGGGCAGAAGACGUACUCGUAUAUAAAUACGCGACACUGGCUGCGUGUUCCACAAGUUUUUCAGCAGUUUUUUUUUCAUUUUCAUCGCGCACUUGCGCUCUCUCUCCCCCCUGUACUCGUAAUGAUGAUAAGACUAAGAAAAUGUGUUACAACAUGUUUAUGGGGCUGACAAUGGAAAAGGCAAAUAGUCGCAUGUAUGGAAAAAUAUGAGAAAUUGCCGAGCGCAAGACAGCAGUGGGAAAAGUUCAGAUAAUGUAAUGCAAAAGUGCCCGGGCGGAACUUUUGCAUAGAACGAGCAACAAGAACAAGAACAACAACAACAACAAGAACAGCAGCAAGGACAACAGCAUGGCAACUUUCCUGUUUUUUCAUCGUGUUUCUUGUUUAGCUCAAAACACAUUAAAAAAGUAGCAUAAUAUUU